ACCUGCUGAAAUGAUGACUAGCUACAGCACAGUGGAGCUAAGCAUGAUGGGAGUGCAUGCAGGUCUCUGUAAAAGGCUAGUAAUUUAUAGCUAACACGAAAGACUAUUACGUGCAUGGAGGAUCUUAGUGUGAAAAAAGCAUACCAUAGUUAUUUACUCCGUUAAAACCUGAACCUGAUCCAACAAUGACUACGAACAGUCCUUCUCCAUCCCAGUGGUUCAAAACGCUGCGAAGAACAAGGCUCGGGGAGCAGUGUUUGAAGACUUACCCUUUGGAGUGUGUGGAUCUGCUGAAGAGGUCUAGAGUCGCCUUUCAAGCUGGGCACACUCUGAAGGAGAGCUUCAGACUGGCUCAGCUGGAAGCUUUGGUGCGGAUGCUGCAGGAUAAUGAAUGUGACUUUGUGGAUGCUCUUGCAAGAGACCUUCAUAAGCCUCGAUUUGAAACAGUUUCAUCUGAACUUAUUUUCGUCAAGAAUGAGGCAUUUCAUGCCAUCAACAACCUCAAGAAGUGGAUGCAACAGCAGCAUGUGGAAAGAAACUUGACCACCACGAUGGACGAGUGUGUGAUGGUUAGUGAGCCUCUUGGAGUGGUGUUUAUCAGGGGGGCCUGGUGUAGUCCGGUUCAAAUGUGUCUGGUGCCACUGGUAGGGGCCAUCGCAGCAGGAAACUGUGCAAUCAUCAGCCCCUCUGAGCUCACCGCUCACACAGCAGAGUGUCUCCAUAGACUCUUCCCCUUCUACUUGGACAAUGAAUGCUUCCAUGUGAUUCUUGCAGGCAUGAAUGACUUGCCAGAAGUUAUGGAACUUAAAUUUGACCACAUUUUCUUCACAGGAAACAGGGAGGAGGGCACCAAAAUUGCUCAGGCUGCAGCUCGCUCACUCACACCUGUCACCCUGGUUUUGUCCGGGAAGAACCCGUGUUAUAUAGACCAAGACUGUGAGAUUAAAACCGCCGCUCAGCGAAUCGCCUGGGCACGUUUUCACAAUGCUGGACAGAGUAUGGUGGCUCCUGACUACAUCCUGUGCCACGAAGAUGUGAAAGCACAACUGUUGCAGGCCUUGAAGGGCUGCCUGAUGCAUUUCUACAAUUCUGAUCCCAGAGAGUCCAGCAGUUAUGGCCGAAUGGUCAAUUCAGAGGUCUUCAACCGUACGAGAGACCUGCUGUUGAAAUCUGGCAAAGUGGCUGUGGGCGGGCAAGUGAAUGAAGCAGAGAAGUAUAUCGCUCCAACGGUUUUGACAGAGGUAGCAGAGAAUGAUCCCAUCAUGCAACAGGAUUUUUACGGCCCAGUCCUUCCUGUUUUGAGUAACGAUAUUGAUGAGGCCAUCAUUAUAAAUAAGCAGGAGAAACCUCUCUGUGUGUAUGGAUAUUCCAACAAUAAAAAGGUAGUAUCCAGGCUAAUGACUGAGACCUCCAGUGGAAGCUUUUGCUCCAAUGACAGCAUCCUUCAGAGUCUCAUGGUGGCUCUGCCUUUUGGUGGAGUUGGUGCCAGUGGAACAGGUUCCUACCAUGGCCGCCACAGUUUUAACACCUUCUCUCACAGGAAAUCGUGCCUGCUGAGAAGCACGCGCUUUGAAUGUGUUACUUGUCUGCGUUAUCCGCCCUAUGAGGACCGCAAUCUGUCUCUGAUGACAUGGGCCAGCACCCUGUCCCAGAGGAGCCAGGGCUGGUGCCAGAUCCUGUGACCAUGUGGGAGGAUAACAGAGCCAUGAUGGAGGAAAGCCAUGUGUGCCCUUAAGAACCAUGCUGACAUGAUGUUUUGUUGAAGGGAUUUAAAAAAUGUGAAAAAAAUGUAACUGUGGUCCAGCCAUACAGUAGAGAUGAGAAGCAAUAUUCAUAUUAGUUCAGUCUCAGGUGAUUGCAAACCUACCUGAUAAAUUAUUGCCCUCCUG